GUCCAAAUGGGGCACAGUAUUUGAUUUUCAAAAUUAUACCUGCGCAGGCUUGAUCGAGUCAUGUUCGUCUUCACAAUAGUUAGCCGCCGAUGCUGGCGCUAUCAAAAUGGACUGUUAGACUCCAUUAGGUUACCUUAAUUAGGUGCAGCCGAUCAUUAAAAUACAUAUAUUCACCUGGGCAGUUAUGUCUGUCAAAGCAUAAAUUGACGUAGCAUAGCAAUGUUAAGCCAUCAUAGCCAAAGAGACGACCGCGCGUAACGGACGUCUAGGUAUUGAUGAUGAUUAGCCGAUAGUCGACUUGAGGUCUACCGUCACAACGCAAUGCCCAAAAGAGUAUCCGAGAGCGCUCUCCACACGCUUGCUUUGCUUGAAGAGGAAGUCGGUGGGCUUUAUCACUUGGCAGACGGCUUUAUACUCUCUUAAAACCGAUUUCCGGAUAUAUAAGGAGAGAGCGUUCGUAGUCGUUCGAGAAUCUCUUCCACCUCAACUAAUUACCAGUAUACACAUAUCGUUAAAGAUGCCGAGAUUUACCUCUUUAGUUGCGCUGUUGAGUAUUGGCGCUUUAGCCGGCGCGACGUCGGUGUCCGAAGACUGUCCCCCUACGGGCACCUCUAUCAUUGCCCAUAGCGGCGAUCCAGUUGGAAAGGAGCAACUUUACGAAGGGAUCAAUAUGUAUGUCACGGGCAAUACAUCGGAUGUAGGCGUAUUAUAUUUGACGGACGUGUUCGGUAUCCAGUUGCUGGAAAACAAACUACUGGCGGAUAGCUUCGGACGAGCGGGUUAUCUCACGGUCGCGCCGGACCUAUUCAACGGCACGCCGGCUCCAGGGGAUAUCAACGGGCAGCCGGGUUUUAACACGACCAAAUUUCUCGAUGACCAUCGGCCCGAAGUCAGCGACCCUAUCAUCGAGACUGCCAUCGACUUCAUGCGCACCACGCUAGGUGUAAAGAAGGUAGUGGCUACUGGGUACUGUUUUGGCGGCCGGUACACGUUCCGGUUCUUGGCGGAGGGGAAGGGCGUGGAUGUGGGUUUCGCUGCUCAUCCGAGUUUGCUGGAGGAUGCCGAGAUCUCGGCUUUGAAGGGGCCUGCUAGUAUUGCGGCGGCAGAUGCUGAUGAGUUGACGCCGGCCGCGAGGCGAUCGCAAAUCGAGGCGCUGCUUCUCGAAACGGGGUUCCCUUACUCCCUUGCGUUGUACGGGGGGACUCAGCACGGCUUCGGUGUUAGAGCGAACAUUUCGGAUCCAAAGCAGAAAUUUGGGAAAGAAGAGGCAUUCUUCCAGGCCAUCAGGUGGUUUAAUGCGUGGGCUUAGGGCUUAAACUAUUGGGUGCCUCUGUUAUAAGUCUCCGGAAUGGAUAGGUAUUUUGAAUAAUUGGCCGAAAUGAACCACCUCUUAUGAUUUUUCAGAAUUCCUAUUUGAAGUUCUCAAGGCAGAUACUUCGUCAAUGUGAGGAUCUAAAAGGGGAUUAAUGAAAACCUAUACUUGGCCCAUUAUGCACCAAGAAGAAUAAUUAAUAGAUUGAGAGCGAGCAAAUAUAAUAUCUGCCCUGAUCUGCUAUGUCGUGCUCUUCCAACGCUUCGGAAGAUUUAAUGGCGAAGAUCCCUGAAGUUACCUAAUACAUAGUACAUCAUCCGUGUUUAAUAGGAAUCAAAACCGGGAAUUAUCGGGGGGGAACAACAGAUCUUGACUUUUUUAACAUUAUCGAUACGAUCGUUUAUAUCUGAAUUUUGAUAUACAAGGAAUUUACGAAUUAAAAUGUUUUAUAGAAAAACUUGAAACGUACCUAUGAUUAAUUAACGUUCGUAAAAAAAAAUAAAAAGAUCUAAUGCACGAGAUACAGCCAAUGCCGAUUCCCUAGUUCAUGGUGGAAUAGAUCGAGUAAAAAGUAGUGCAA